AUGGCCCCGGCCCGGCUGUCGCUGCUGCCCCCGCUGCUGCUGCUGCUGGUGGCGGCCUGCGCCUGGCGGCCGGCGCGGGGCCAGGAGGCGCCGCAGACCCCGGACUGGCGGAUGACGCUGAAGACGAUCCGCAAUGGCGUGCACAAGAUCGACAUGUACCUGAACGCGGCCCUGGACCUGCUGGGCGGCGAGGACGGGCUCUGCCAGUACAAGUGCAGCGACGGAUCAAGGCCCGUUCCUCGCUAUGAAUAUAAACCAUCACCACCAAAUGGCUGUGGAUCCCCUGUGUUUGGAGUUCAGUUUGACAUCGGUAUCCCUUCAAUGACAAGGUGCUGCAAUCACCACGACAGAUGCUAUGAUACUUGUGGCAAUAAAAAAAAUGAUUGUGAUGAGCAGUUUCAGACCUGCCUCUCAAAAAUUUGCAGAGAUGUGCAGAAAACGCUUGGAAUCUCAGAGAGUGUCCAGGCUUGUGAAUCAACUGUUCAGCUGCUGUUUGAUGCAGUUAUACAUUUAGGAUGCAAACCAUACCUGGACAGCCAGAGAGCUGCUUGUAUGUGUCGUUACGAGGGCAAGACAGAUCUCUGAGAGAAGACACCGAGAUCUCGUGGUGUAACAAAGCUGAAGAUCUGGCCAAAAGGAAGCAAGGCUUUGGUUAAAAACUUCCUGCUUUUCAGACAGUGAUACAUUAAACACUGACAUGAAUUUACUGAUUUGAAGAUCACUACAAUAUUCUCAUUCAUGUAAAAAAGAAACAAGUCGUCCUUCUCUCCAUUUUAUGCCAGAAGCUUGGGAACUGAAAUUGCUUUCCUUUGGUGUGUGUUCACCUAGGGUGUGCCAUUGUAAAAUGCUGGUGCCAUUUUAAUGUUCCCAAGAAGACUCCAUAGUGGGGACAUCACAGGCACCAAAGAGUUAUAUUGAAUUCUCAGGUGAUUUUUAAUACAGGUCAAAUUUUAGCUUUGCUAGCAGUUGAAGCAUCUGAUGGGUUCAGCAGGAGAGUGUGUUGUGUGUACCAAUAUGGGACAUCUUACAUAGCCUGUACCUGCGUGUUUCUGCUGCAGCUGCCUUGGGUUCUCUCCCACGUAUGUGCUCCUGCAGGUCUGUUGUUAAAAACCCAGGAAAACGCCCCAAGCCAAUGUACAUGCACUACAUGUUUCUACCUGAUUCUAUAUCAAUGCCUUACUUCUGCAGCACUUUUCAGAUCAAAUACGUUGAUCCUUUCAAGGGCUGUCCAGUAAAAUGAACAGUUUGCAGCCUAAGGAUAUACUUUUGAUUUGACAGAAUGGUGAAAUGUAGUUUCUAUGUUAUUUUUAAAAAAUUCAUCAAAUGUCUGUUUUUGAAUAAAACAUUUUGUGUUGUGUAUUAUAUGCACGGAAAGGAUAUAUGUACAAAUAUGUUGAUUUAUAUUUCUGUUGUGGCACAACUUGGCUACUGUAUUCAUCUUUGCUUUCAUUUAGUCUGUUAUGAAAACCAAAAGCAAGUUCCACAGUUAAGAUCAGUGUGCCCAAAAAACUUAUUUAAGAUUCCCUCUGUGAGGCUGAUGGAUAUAUGAGCCUGUACUUCUGUCACUUGUUCCCUCUCUGACUUCUCUAGCUAAAAUCACCUGGUGUCUGAAUUAUUUGGGGUUUGCUCUCUGUACUUGUUGCUUAUCUACAGGCGUCAGUCCUUAGUUAAAUUCUGCAUUAGGUCCUCUGUUAGAAAGAUAAUUAUUUGUUUUCAUUAAAAAUCAAUUUGCUUUAAAUAUUCACAGGAAAGGAAUGAAAAUUAAAAUUUUGCAUCUGUGAACAGGCAAUAGAAAUUAAAUGCAUAAAAUUCACUGGACUAUAGACUAUAAU